UCUCAGCAACAAUGAUCUUUCCUUGAAUGCUGUUCUCAUUUUGGCAAAGGAAGUCAUCGCGUGUCAAAAUGCUACUGAACUGUGUGUCAGGAAGGAUGCCGUGAUGAUAUAUUUUUCUGGCCCAUCUGGGAAAGGUCCAAGAUCUUUGGAUUUGAGGUGGGAAGAGGAUAAGGAACAUGUAACUCCAACUAGAUUUGUGAAGUUACGUUUGCAGGAUUGCAGCCUGUCUUCCCAACAUGCAAAGGAGAUCGUUGCCAUUCUCCAGAGCUGUCCGCAUCUCUCUGAAGUGGAUUUAUCAGGUAACAAGCUUGGCGAUGAAGGCUGCAGUUGCCUGCUGGAAAACCUCCCUUGGAUAUCAAUUUCAAAGCAGCUGGAUCUCAGUCAAAACCGCCUCUCUGUUAAUGGCAUUUGCAGUCUGUUGAAGUCAGUAAAUACCUGCCAGAAGAUGAUGGAGUUACAAGUCAGCCUUUGUCAUGAGACUGCAGUCCUGAGGUUUGCAGAAGACACAGAGUUUGCUUUCCUUCCUCCUAGGGAUGAGCCUGUGUUCUCUACUGAUGACCAGCAAUACGGAGAGGAAAACCAGACACCUACUGCUCCCCAAAAAAUAAGACUGACAGACAGUCAUUUUCAAGCCAGUGACCUGGAGAAGCUGUGUGCAGUUCUGAAGAAAUGUAGCAGCAUCUCCGAGCUGGACCUAUCAAAUAAUUAUCUGGGAGACAAGGGACUUCUGCAGCUCUUUCAAGUCCUCCCGGAUUUGAAAAUGCUAAAUUCUCUCAAGCUUAAUGGCAACCAGAUCUCCCUGAACUCUGUGUUUUUCUUAGCUCAGUCCUUAUCUACACUGGAAUAUGUUAAAUCAGUGAACCUCAGCUUAGGACACAGGCAGGUGGUUCAUCUAACCUUUUGGGAAAGAAUCAGGGUCGGAAGUACCAGCCGAUGGAGAAGUAGUUUCCUGGUGCAUCCCAAGCACAAAGCAAAAGGACGGUGCUUUCGUCUCAGGGACUGCAGAGUGGGUCCAGAGGAUGUGACCAGGCUGUGCCAGAUACUGGCUCAAUGUCCCCAGCUGACAGAAAUUGAUCUGUCUGGAAAUUCAUUGAAUGACCAGAGCACUGAGAGAUUACUGAGCUUCCUGCCAUACCUCUGUCACCUGACACUACUGAGUAUUAGGAAUAACACAUUUUCCCCGCGUUGCAUGGUCUUACUCAUGAACUCCAUCAACCUCUGUGAGCGGAUCAGGACGGUAGAAGUCCGGUCAAGUGAAAAUGCAUUUUUGCAUUUAGGAGCAAGCAUGCGAAGGCAAAAGACAUCCUGCAGACUGACGGACUGUUCCAUCGGUCAAGGGCAGAUAGAUGAGCUCUGCAGAGCCCUGGAGCAGUGUGGAUGGCUGGCAGAAGUGGAUCUCUCCAGGAAUCAGCUGGGAGAUGAAGGCCUACGGUGCCUCUUGGAUCACUUGCAUCGAGCGCCCAUUACGUGUUGCCUCAACCUCAGCCAUAACAGGAUUUCUCAGGAUGGAGUUCUGCAUCUCAUAAAUACCAUCAUCGCAUCUGGAAAUACCACUGAAGUUCAAGUCAGUUUGUGCUCCAAAGCAACUUUAAUCAUCAAGUUGUCAAGCAGAGACGACCUGGGAAAGAUUUUGAGACUCGCAGAGUGCAAGUUCCAGCCAGAGCACUUGGAAAAGUUGUGCUUGCUCCUGGAAGAGUGCACUGGUCUGACAGAGUACACAUCCUCGAAUAACAACGUGACAGUCCAAGCUGCAGAGAGACUUUUGCAUUCACUGAGGAAAAAUCUGGGUCCUCUGAAAAUCAGCAUAGAAGAGCCAUGGGUAUGUAAAGAAAGUGUCACAAACCUUCUUGAGCUGGCUGUCCAGGCCUGUGGAAACAUUACUGAGAUCAUGAUAUGUAAAGACAAAACCCUCUUCCAAUUAGGCGUAAGGUUCCCCCACUGUCUGGAGAAGGCGGAAUCAGUCGUUAGCAGAUUGAAUCUGUACAAGCCAGAAAUGAAGCAUGCUUGCUUCUACCAAAGGGUUCGUGAAAAAUGUGCUCAGCUUCAGGAAUUGAGAUGGUCUCAUGUUGAGCUCCACAGUGAUGAAGCAGAAAUGCUAGUCAGGAUUUUGCUACCUCUUCCAGAGCUGAAGAAGUUUGGGCUGACCUCUAGCAGUAUUAUGCCAGCUGGAAUUGAUUACCUGAUCACGGGCUUGCAGAAUUGCCAGGCCCUUGAAGAGCUCAACCUGGGCUACAUGAGACUCGGCAGUGCUGCCAUUCCUAAGCUUGUGCUGGCACUUUGCGAAAUGCCGUCUCUGAAAAGGCUUAUCUUGAACCAUAACAGUAUUGGUAAUGAUGGCUGCUCCAGACUCGCGGAAGCCUUGAGGAAUAUGCACUACUUGGAGGAAAUCAAUUUAAGCCACAACAAGAUUGGAGAUCCAGGCCUGAUAAAUCUAGCUGCUGUCCUGCUGGAAAUGCAAAACCUGAAGAGAAUCGACCUUUCUGGGAACAGUCCUAGUCCUGCUGGAGGGGAGAAGCUGAUGGAGGCUCUUGCCUAUUGCACGCACAUCGAGGAGUUACUACUGUCAAGGAAUGUUUUUGGAGACAGGGCAGCAGUGAAACUUGCCCUCUGUCUGCCUCACAUGACCAACCUCAAGAUCCUGCACUUGCAGAACAAUAACAUUGGGCCAGCAGGAGGGAUGGAGCUGGCCAGAGCCCUGGUGGCGUGUGGGCUGCUAGAAGAGAUAAGUUUAUCAGAAAAUGACCUCGAGGAAGGAAGUAUCCGUGCCCUGUCUGAGGGGCUGCCGUGUUUUCAACACCUCCAGAAGAUUGACCUGAAACUCUGUGGAAUCACUGACGAUGCUUCAAAAUCACUUUCUCAUGGCUUCCAACAAUGCCCUUCCAUGGAGGAGAUAAUACUAUCUUGGAACACUCUUGGAGAUGGAGGAGCCCGAGAGUUGGCCAGUGCUCUCCCAAGGAUGGAAAAGCUGAAGGUGUUAGA